AUGCUUCUUAUCCGACCGCAUCUAGAAUGGAGUGACGACACAGAGAAACGAGAGACGAGAGACAGUGAGAGACAAGAGAUAGUGAUAGAGACAGAGACUGAGAGACAGGUGAAGGUGGACGAGUCCAGUCCAGUAGUUCCCGCGGUCGGUCGCGGGUCGUCGGGUCGCCGAGGGUGUACAGGUAGCCAGGGGGGCGCAGUCCCGCGGCCCGUGGGAGACUACUUCAUCCGCAGCCUCCUAGAGAACUCCUCAACCGUCGAACUCAUCAGGGACCUCCACAGUCAAAACGGGUUCUGUCGCAAUAGUCAACUUAGUAGCAGGACAUUGGGGGGCGCAAUACUCUCACGCACUGAGAGUGACCUGGAGGAAGAGGUGGUGGAUUGGUUGGAGGAUGAGGUGGAAGAUGAGGUGGAGGAUUGGUUGGAGAAUGAGGUAGAGGAUGAGGUAGAGGAUGAGGUGGAGGAUGAGGUGGAAGAUGAGGUGGAAGAUGAGGUGGAAGAUGAGGUGGAAGAUUGGGUGGAGGAUGAGGUGGUGGAUUGGUUGGAGAAUGAGGUGGAAGGUGAGGUGGAGGAUGAGGUGGAAGAUGAGAUGGAAGAUGAGGUGGAAUAUGGGGUGGAGGAUGACGAUGAGGUGCUGUUGGAUGGGUUGGUGGAUAAGGUGGAAGAUGAGGUUGAAGAUGAGGUGGAGGAUUGGGUGGUGGAUUGGUUGGAGAAUGAGGUGGAAGGUGAGGUGGAGGAUGAGGUGGAAGAUGAGAUGGAAGAUGAGGUGGAAUAUGGGGUGGAGGAUGACGAUGAGGUGCUGUUGGAUGGGUUGGUGGAUAAGGUGGAAGAUGAGGUUGAAGAUGAGGUGGAGGAUUGGGUGGAGCUCCAGGAAGAGAAUUUAGUACUUCGGAUGGAGUCCAAAGUGCAGGACCAUCUGUUGAAGAAGGCGGUCGUGGACCUAGAUGACGUCAGCCGUGUGCUACAGCUACAGGAGUGUAGAAUACUUUGCCAGCAAAAUGAAGAACAAUCACAGAUCUGCUUUAUUGGCUUGGAAAUUACGAAGUGA